CGCCGGGGCUGGCGCGCUCUCCCGGGCGCACACACAUAUCCACGCACGCACGCCCAGAGCAGCUGUCUCCGCCGUGGCCGGCGCUCCUCUCGCCCAUGCGGACGGACAGAGCUCAGGAAGAUGGCUGACGACUCCGUGGGGCCCCGAGGAUGCAGCCCGGCGGCGGCGGCGGGAGCGGGAGCGGCGGAGGCGGCACCGGCAGCGGCGGCAGCAGCAGGAGCGGCGGCGGCGGCGGCAGGAGCGGCGGCGGCGGCAUCCCCGAGACUCCCCGGGCUACCCUUCCCCGUGACGGCCACUGACGGUCUCCGCCGCUAGAAGAGACCCCGCUCCUCCCUCGCCUGCCUCCCCCCUCCCAGCCCCGGACCCGCCAGGACCGCUACCUCCGCCAGUGUUGCCACCAUCAGCACCACCUCCACCUCCGCCACCGCCACCGCCACCACCGCCGCCACCACCACCGCCGGCGGCGGCAGCAGCCAUUUCAUCUCCACAGAAACCAGACACAAAAACAUGGCAGAAAUGGAGAAAGAAGGGAGACCUCCGGAAAAUAAACGGAGCCGGAAACCGGCUCACCCCGUGAAGAGGGAGAUCAACGAGGAGAUGAAGAACUUUGCAGAGAACACCAUGAAUGAACUUCUUGGCUGGUAUGGCUAUGAUAAAGUUGAAUUAAAAGACGGUGAAGACAUCGAGUUCAGGAGUUACCCUACUGAUGGGGAGAGCCGGCAGCACAUUUCUGUUCUCAAAGAAAAUUCUUUGCCAAAACCAAAAUUACCAGAGGACAGUGUUAUUUCAUCAUACAAUAUAAGCGCAGGCUAUUCAGGCCUUGCCACUGGGAAUGGACUCAGUGACUCACCUGCAGGGUCAAAGGACCAUGGCAAUGUGCCCAUUAUUGUACCUUUAAUUCCACCACCUUUCAUAAAGCCGCCAGCAGAAGAUGAUGUGUCAAAUGUACAAAUAAUGUGUGCCUGGUGCCAGAAAGUGGGAAUCAAGCGCUAUUCCCUGAGUAUGGGAAGCGAGGUGAAAAGCUUCUGCAGCGAGAAGUGCUUUGCGGCCUGCCGGAGAGCCUACUUCAAAAGAAACAAGGCUAGAGAUGAAGAUGGACGUGCUGAAACUUUCCCCCAGCAGCACUUUGCUAAGGAAACUCCAAGGCUUGCCUUCAAGAAUAACUGCGAACUACUUGUGUGUGACUGGUGUAAACACAUAAGGCAUACAAAAGAAUACCUGGAUUUUGGGGACGGGGAAAGAAGGCUUCAGUUCUGCAGUGCAAAAUGUCUCAAUCAAUACAAAAUGGACAUUUUCUACAAAGAGACACAGGCCAAUCUUCCAGCUGGGCUGUGCAGCACAUUACACCCUCACAUGGAGAGUAAAGCCGAAGGCACCGGGGUGCAGCUGCUCACUCCAGACUCUUGGAAUAUCCCGCUAACAGAUGCUCGGAGGAAGGCUCCCUCCCCGGUGGCUGCAGCUGGCCAAAGCCAGGGCCCUGGCCCAUCCUCGUCCACCACCGUCUCUCCAUCUGACACUGCCAACUGCUCUGUCACUAAAAUCCCCACGCCAGUGCCCAAGUCCCUCCCCAUCAGCGAGACUCCAAGCAUCCCUCCUGUCUCGGUCCAGCCACCUGCCAACAUUGGACCUCCGCUGGGCGUCCCGCCCCGCAGCCCUCCCAUGGUGAUGACCAACCGCGGCCCGGUGCCGCUGCCCAUCUUCAUGGAGCAGCAGAUCAUACAGCAGAUCCGCCCGCCCUUCAUCCGCGGGCCCCCUCACCAUGCCUCCAACCCCAACAGCCCCCUGUCCAACCCUAUGCUCCCGGGCAUUGGGCCUCCGCCGGGUGGCCCCAGGAACCUGGGCCCCACUUCCAGCCCCAUGCACCGGCCCAUGCUAUCACCCCACAUCCACCCCCCAAGCACCCCUACCAUGCCUGGGAACCCCCCGGGACUGCUGCCCCCGCCGCCCCCCGGCGCGCCCUUGCCCAGCCUUCCUUUCCCUCCGGUAAGCAUGAUGCCAAACGGCCCGAUGCCGGUGCCCCAGAUGAUGAACUUCGGGCUGCCGUCGCUUGCCCCGCUGGUGCCGCCCCCCACGCUGCUCGUGCCGUACCCAGUGAUCGUGCCCCUGCCGGUGCCCAUCCCUAUCCCUAUCCCCAUUCCCCACGUCAACGAUUCCAAGCCCCCCAACGGAUUCUCCAGCAACGGGGAGAGCUUCGUUCCGAGCGCCCCGGGCGACUCGGCGGCGGCAGGAGGCAAGUCGGGCGGACGCUCCCUCUCUCCGCGGGACUCCAAGCAGGGCUCGUCCAAGUCGGCCGACUCGCCGCCGGGAAGCUCCGGCCAGGCUCUGAGCCUGGCGCCCGCGGAGCGCGGCCGUGGGGAGGUGGUGGACCUGACCCGGCGCGCCGGCAGCCCCGUGGGCGCGGGAGGCCAGCCCGGCUUCGCGGGCGUGCUGCACGGCCCGCAGGACGGCGUCAUCGACCUGACAGUGGGCCACCGCGCCCGGCUGCACAACGUGAUCCACCGCGCGCUGCACGCGCACGUCAAGGCGGAGCGAGAGCCGGGCGCCGCGGAGCGCAGGACCUGCGGCGGCUGCAGGGACGGCCACUGCAGCCCGCCCGCCGCCGGCGACCCGGGCCCGGGCGCCCCCGCGGGUCCCGAGGCUGCCGCCGCCUGCAACGUCAUCGUGAACGGCACCCGCGGCGCCCCAGCCGAGGCCAAGGGCGCAGAGCCGCCGCCCGAGCAGCCACCGCCCCCCGCGCCCCCCAAAAAGCUGCUGUCGCCCGAGGAGCCCGCGGUGAACGAGCUGGAGUCUGUCAAGGAGAACAACUGCUCUUCCAGCUGCCACCUGGACGGGGAGGCGACCAAAAAGCUGAUGGGGGAGGAGGCCCUGGCGGGGGGCGACAAGUCGGACCCGAACCUCAAUAACCCGGCGGACGAGGACCACGCCUAUGCUCUGCGGAUGCUGCCCAAGACCGGCUGCGUGAUCCAGCCUGUGCCAAAACCCACGGAGAAGGCUGCCAUGGCGCCGUGCGUCAUCUCCUCGCCCAUGCUCAGCGCAGGCCCCGAGGACCUGGAGCCGCCGCUCAAAAGGAGGUGCCUCCGAAUUAGAAACCAGAAUAAGUAAAAGGAACACUCGCUCCCAGGGUACCUUGCAUGGUGAGAGGGCGUGGAAUAAAUCAUGUCAUGCCAUCCAAUGACACCAGCUGGUCAGCUCACCACCCCCCUCUGGCUAAAAUUCAAGCAAAUAACACAGCUUCCUGUCAUUAAACAUCUUGGAGGAAGCAGCCCUCCCUGGUGGCCUCCAGGCCGGAGAAGCCAGCUUCGUCUUGGACCCACCAAGCUUGGGCCCAGCAUUCUCGCUCCCCCCAUCUCUGCUUCUCCCCAGAGGAACUUAGGGAUUUCGCUGGUUGGAAACAAACACUACCAACACGCCACAAGGACCAAUGUAGGUAUUCUCACCCCAUCUUCAAGGCUCUACGGCUGAGGCCGGAAGAUGUUAGGGACUGGAAAACAAGAAUCUUUUUUUAAAAUCUUUUUAAGAACUGCUGUGGUUUGCUGCUACGAUAAGAAUUGUGAUUUGCUUUUAUGGUUUAGGAAGAGAACUGUUCACGUUUUGGUGAGGAGAGGGAUGGUGCUGGAGUCCAAAGCUUCAGAUUCGUCUCUGCCCCAGCCCACGAUGCACUUUUAAAUGAAGAGGUAGAAUAUUUUAUUGGCUAAUAAACUUUUCAUGUUAUUUUUUACAAAGGCCACCUUUAUCCCUUUUGAUGCCAUAUUUUCAGUGUUACACUUUUAUGGCUUUUAAUUUUCGAUCCGCCAGAUGUGAGAAGCAGCAUGGAUAGUUUAUACUGUGGUUUUACAGAGACCGAAUGCCAGGAGAACUCGGUAAAUGUUUAUUCUUCUCAGCUUUCUCUUGAAAUGCCCCUAAAUAGCGCCCCAUUUGGGAACAGAGCAAGAGUGUUGAACUGAAGACCGAAAUGCCCUCAAGGUGUAAUAUAAUCUGAGGGGGGGAUAUUUGCUGGGCGUCAGGAAAGACUCGGAUGAAAUUUCAACCCUGAUGGUUUUCGGAGAUCCAGGAAGUCAGUGAGACAAUCUCUCUAUACGCAGAGUCCUUUCAUGAUAAUUGGAAUGGUAUGGACGAACCAAUGAAAACAAGAGGAAAAGUGAGAAAGAUCGCCCGGGAUUCUGUUUCACUGUUUGCUUUCUCCUGUCGUGCUGAAGAGAAAUGUGCAAUUCGAUCCUCGGUCAGUGGGUGGAGGGUAACAGGGUAGAUUUACUUGUGUGCACUUGUACAGUUGUAGCUGGGAGUCCAGAAGUCCUCUAGAACACGUGUACUGGCACUGAGUCCGUGAGACAGUCGUGGAGUGCCCCAGUCUGAUGAGUAUAGAAAAAAAAGAAAAGAAAAGAAAAAAAAUUCAAAAAAAGAGAAGAAAACCUUAAAAAAAAAAAAUCAAAUCAAAUCACCUUGUGAUUCAGUGUAUCUGUUUACUAACUCAAAUAAAAGCAAUUGUUCCCUCGGGAGGGGGUCCGGGUGCCCCACCCCUCCAGGCCCCGGAGCCUCAGCGGGAGGGUGGCAGUCACGGCUGGGGGGCCAGGCAGGACUGGUGUCCCCGUGCUUUGCGGCACUGGGGCCGUGGAUGUGUGUACAUACUGUAUUUCUAUAUACUCUUUGUACAGUCGAGGCAAGCUACUGUCUUACAGGUGCUCCUUAUUUAUUAGAGCCGCGAGAGCUUGGGGGACCCACCUGGCGAGCAAGCUCGCUUUUUAAACAUGAAGUGGGGGGGGGGAGGCGGGAGGGAGGGGAUGCUCACAAGCCCAGGGAGAGAUUUAUAAAAAGGGAAUGAAAAAAACAACUUCCAACAACAAGUUAAACCAGCCAAGAACCCAACACCAAACCCACCUGUGAGGAGGCUGCAGCCCCUCUGGGUUCUCCUCUUCCUGCGGUGUCAGAUUCGUCAGACAAAAUAAACCUCUGAGAAACAACAACA